CCUGCUGCAGGGAACAAGCAAGGGGACCUCCAGGGAACUCUGGGCUGCCCAGGCACGGUAGCCCUGCCCUGUCUUGAGAACUCCCCUCCCAAGGUCAGGAACAGAGCAGGUGCAGAGGCACUGCAGUCUCCUGUUGCCCAGCCUCCUGAGUGAUGCCAGCCCAAUGGUUCCUAAUCUCCAGACUGGCCCUCUUGGUACUGCUGGGCACAGUCAGAGCAGGCCCUUUCUCUCCACGGUCCAAUGUGACACUCCCAGCCCCACGUCCCCCUCCCCAGCCGGGGGGCCACACAGUGGAGCCAAUAGGGGGAAGCCCCUCUUCUCAGCUUUAUGAGCACACUGUGGAAGGAGGGGAGAAGCAGGUAGUUUUUACCCACCGCAUCAACCUGCCCCCUUCAGCUGGCUGUGGUUGUCCCCCGGGCCCGGAGCCCCCCAUUCCUGCUUCAGAGGUGCAGGCCUUGAAGCUCCGGUUAGAGAUCCUGGAGGAGCUGGUGAAGGGGCUGAAGGAACAGUGCACUGGGGGAUGUUGUCCUGCUGCUGCCCAGGCUGGCACAGGCCAGACGGAUGUUCGUAGCCUCUGCAGUCUCCACGGCGUGUUUGACCUGAGCCGCUGUGCCUGCUCCUGCGAGCCAGGCUGGGGUGGGCCCACCUGCUCAGACCCCACAGGCGCUGGGGUGCCCCCAUCAUCCCCACCCUCAGCCUCCAGGGCCUGCCCAGAUGACUGCAACGAUCAGGGUCGCUGUGUCCGUGGGCGCUGCGUGUGCUUCCCUGGUUACAGCGGCCCCAGCUGUGGCUGGCCCUCCUGCCCCGGGGACUGCAACGGCCGUGGGCGCUGCGUGCAGGGCGUGUGCGUGUGCCGGGCGGGCUUCUCCGGCGACGACUGCAGCCAGCGCUCCUGCCCCCGGGGCUGCAGCCAGAGGGGGCGCUGCGAGGACGGGCGCUGCGUGUGCGACCCGGGCUACGCGGGCGACGACUGCGGGGUAAGGAGCUGCCCUAGAGGUUGCAGCCAGAGGGGGCGCUGCGAGAACGGGCGCUGCGUGUGCGACCCCGGCUACGCGGGAGACGACUGCGGGGUGAGGAGCUGCCCCCGGGGCUGCAACCAGAGGGGGCGCUGCGAGGACGGGCGCUGCGUGUGCGACCCCGGCUACACGGGCGACGACUGCGGCUCGCGGAGCUGCCGGUGGGACUGUGGCGAGGGCGGGCGCUGCGUGGACGGCCGUUGCGUGUGCUGGCCCGGGUACGCGGGCGACGACUGCAGCACCCGCACGUGCCCGCGAGACUGCCGGGGCCGCGGGCGCUGCGAGGACGGCGAGUGCAUCUGCGAGGCAGGCUACAGCGGGGACGAUUGCGGAGUGCGCAGCUGCCCAGGCGACUGCAACCAGAGGGGCCGCUGUGAGGACGGGCGCUGCGUGUGCUGGCCCGGGUACACGGGGCCCGACUGCGGCUCGCGCGCCUGCCCCCGCGACUGUCGGGGCCGCGGGCGCUGUGAGAACGGCGUGUGCGUGUGCAACGCGGGCUACAGCGGCGAGGACUGCGGCGUGCGCAGCUGCCCCGGGGACUGUCGCGGCCGGGGCCGUUGCGAGAGUGGUCGCUGCGUGUGUUGGCCCGGGUACACAGGCCGGGACUGCGGCACGCGCGCCUGCCCUGGCGACUGUCGUGGGCGCGGGCGCUGCGUGGACGGCCGCUGCGUGUGCAACCCCGGCUUCGCGGGCGAGGACUGCGGGAGCCGUCGGUGCCCUGGGGACUGCCGCGGGCGCGGGCGCUGCGAGGAAGGCGUGUGCGUGUGCAACGCGGGCUACGAGGGAGAGGACUGUGGCGCGCGCAGCUGCCCGGGAGGUUGCCACGGGCGCGGCCAAUGCCGGGACGGGCGCUGCGUGUGUGACGAUGGCUACUCGGGCGAGGACUGCAGCGCAAGGCGGUGCCCGCUAGACUGCAGCCAGCACGGCGUGUGCCAGGACGGCGUGUGCACCUGUUGGGAGGGCUACGCAGGCGAGGACUGCAGCCUCCGUACCUGCCCCUCCAACUGCCACCAGCGCGGCCGCUGUGAGGGUGGGCGAUGCGUGUGCGACUCAGGCUACACCGGCCCCUCCUGCGCCACCCGCACCUGCCCGGCCGACUGCCGCGGGCGCGGGCGCUGUGUGCACGGCGUGUGCGUGUGCCACGUGGGCUACGGCGGCGAGGACUGUGGGCGGGAAGAGCCUCCCGCCAGUGCCUGCCCUGGCGGCUGUGGGCCCCGGGAACUGUGCCGCGCGGGCCAGUGUGUAUGCGUGGAGGGCUUUCGAGGACCCGACUGCGCCACUCAGACGUGCCCUGGGGACUGCCGUGGCAGGGGAGAGUGUCGUGAGGGCAGCUGCGUCUGUCAAGAUGGUUAUGCAGGGGAAGACUGCGGGGAAGAGGUGCCAGCCAUUGAGAGCAUGAGGGUGCACCUCUUGGAGGAGACAACGGUUCGGACAGAGUGGACCCGGGCUCCUGGCACGGUGGAUGCCUAUGAAAUUCAGUUCAUUCCCACGACAGAGGGGGUGAGCCCCCCAUUCACAGCACGGGUACCCAGCUCUGCCUCAGCCUAUGACCAGAGAGGACUGGCGCCUGGGCAGGAGUACCAGGUCACGGUCCGCGCCCUUCGAGGGACUAGCUGGGGCCCUUCUGCCUCCAAGACCAUCACCACCAUGAUCGAUGGACCACAAGACCUCCGAGUGGCGGCUGUGACACCAACCACACUGGAGCUCAGCUGGCUGCGACCCCAGGCUGAGGUGGACCAGUUCGUGGUGUCCUAUGUCAGCGCCGGCAACCAGAGGGUGCGGCUGGAGGUGCCCUCUGAGGUGGACAGGACGGUGCUGACCGACCUGAUGCCAGGCGUGGAAUAUGUAGUGACCGUCACGGCAGAGCGGGGCCGGGCAGUAAGCUACCCGGCUUCUGUCAGGGCCAACACAGCACCAGGCCACUACAGUUACCCGGAGGUGCGCCCCCCAGCCCCACCCCCCCAGCCCCGUCCCCGGCCGACUCCGGCCCCGCGGCCCCCGCGCCCCGCGCGCCCGGCUCGGCCCUCGCGGCCCGCGGAGGAGGGGGAGGAGGAGUCUCAGCCUGGGCCUAGCCUGCCGCAGCCCCCUCGGCGGGCGUGGGGCAACCUGACGGGCGAGCUGGGCCGCUUCCGCGGCACCGUGCAAGACCUGGAGCGCCACCUGAGGGCUCAUGGCUACCCCCUGCGGGCCAACCAGACCUACGCGUCGGUGGCGCGCAACAUCCACGAAUACUUGCAGCGGCGCCGGGCGGCUGCCGCCCCCGUCGGCUCCCCCGCCCCGUCGCCCCGUAGCCCCCACCCCACCGCCAGCCCCGACCCCGGCACCUGGAAGCGGGACUCCAACCAGGGCAUCCACGGCCUCUCGCCCGAAGGCGUCGACCGGGUGGCCGCGCCCCGCCACCCCAAGCCCGAGGUGCUGGGCAGUUCCGCCGACGGCGCACUACUCGUGUCCCUUGACGGGCUCCGCGGCCACUUCGAGCGCGUGGUGCUGCGCUGGCGGCCCCAGCCGCCGGCAGAGGGCCCCGGCGAGGAGCUGACCGUGCCCGGCACCACGCGCACCGUCAGCCUACCUGACCUCAGGCCCGGCACCACCUACCACGUGGAGGUCCACGGGGUGCGGGCAGGGCAGACCUCCAAGUCCUACGCCUUCAUCACCACCACAGGGUCCUCUCCCUCGGGCCUCUUUGGGGCCACUGAUGAGCCUCCUCCCUCAGGCCCUUCCACAACUCAAGGGGCCCGGGCCCCCGAACUGCAGCAGCGCCCCCAGGAGCUGGGAGAGUUGAGGGUGUUGGGCAGAGACAAGACAGGGAAGCUCCGCGUCGCUUGGACAGCUCAGCCCGACACGUUUGCCCACUUCCAGCUGCGCCUUCGGGUGCCCGAGGGGCCGGGAGCGCACGAGGAACUCCUGCCAGGGGACGUCCGCCAGGCUCUGGUGCCCUCACCCCCUCCUGGAGCCCCCUAUGAGCUGUCACUCCGCGGGGUCCCCCCGGAGGGCGUGCCCUCUGCCCCUCUCAUCUACCAAGGCAUUAUGGACAAGGAUGGGGCGAAGCUUGGGAAGCCCUUGGCCCCGCCACGCCUGGGCCAGCUGAUAGUCACUGACAUGACGUCCAACUCCCUGCUCCUGCACUGGACGGUCCCCGAGGGUGAAUUCGACUCCUUCGUGAUCCAGUACAAGGACAGGGAUGGGCCCCAGGUGGUACCUGUGGAAGGAUCCCAGCGCUCAGCCCUCAUCACCAACCUGGACCUUGGCCGCAAGUACAAAUUCCUGCUAUAUGGGCUCCUGGGCAAGAAGAGGCAUGGCCCCCUGGUGGCUGAAGCCAAGAUCCUGCCUCAGAGUGAUCCCAGCCCAGCGACUCCACCCCGCCUCGGAAAGCUGUGGGUGACAGAUCCCACCCCAGACUCACUGCACCUCUCCUGGACUGUCCCUGAGGGCCAGUUUGACUCCUUUGUAGUCCAAUAUAGGAACGGGGACGGACAGCCCCAAGCGAUGCCCGUGGAAGGGCCCGAGCGCUCGAUCAUUGUCUCCUCGCUGGAGCCUAACCACGAGUACAGAUUCACUCUGUUCGGGAUUGCCAACAAGAAGCGGCAUGGCCCCCUCACAGCCGAUGGCACCACUGCCUCAGAGCAGACAGCGGAGUCCCUCCACCCAGAGGCCACAGUGCAGCCCCUGCUGGGGAAGCUGUGGGUGACUCAGGCAAACCCAGACUCCCUGCGCCUGUCCUGGACCGUGACCCAGGGCUCCUUCGACUCCUUCGUGGUCCAGUACAAGGAUGCGCAGGGCCAGCCCCAGGCGGUGCCCAUCAGGGGGGAUGAGAACGAGGUCACCAUCCCGGGCCUGGAGUCCCACCGGAAGUAUAAGAUGAACCUCUAUGGGCUUCAUGGCAGGCAGCGUGUGGGACCUGUGUCCGUGGUGGCCACCACCGCCCCCCAGGACCUUGUGGAGGAGACGCCCAGCCCCACAGAACCCAACACGGAGGCCCCGGAGCCCCCCGAGGAGCCCCUCCUGGGGGAGCUGACGGUCACAGGAUCCUCCCCAGACUCGCUGAGCCUCUCCUGGACCAUCCCCCAGGGCCACUUCGACUCCUUCACUGUCCAGUACAAGGACGGGGACGGGCGGCCCCAGGUGGUGCGUGUCAGAGGGGACGAGAGUGAGGUCACCAUCAGGGGCCUGGAGCCGGGGCGCAAGUACAAGAUGCACCUGUACGGCCUGCACAGGGGACAGCGCGAGGGCCCCGUGUCCACCGUGGGCAUGACCGAAGAGACUCCAGCCAUAGAGCCGCCCCUAGAGCCACACCUGGGAGAGCUGACAGUGACAGAUGUGACCCCCAACUCCAUGGGCCUCGCAUGGACGGUCCCUGAGGGUGAAUUCGACUCCUUCGUGGUCCAGUACAAAGACAGGGGCGGGCAGCCCCAGGUGGUCCCUGUGGAGGGCAGCCUCAGGGAGGUCACCAUCCCCAGCCUGGAGCCUGCGUGCAAAUACAAGAUGAACUUCUACGGGCUACAUGAUGGGCAGCGCGUGGGCCCCCUCUCUGUGAUAGCUGUGACCGCUCCCCUCCCCCCAGCCCCAGGCACAGAGUCCCCCGAGGAGCCACGGCUGGGGGAGCUGACAGUGGUGGACCUGAGCCCGGACUCCGUGACCCUCUCAUGGACGGUUCCCGAGGGUGAAUUCGACUCCUUCGUGGUCCAGUACAAGGACAGGGACGGGCAGCCCCGGGUGGUGCCUGUGGCCGCAGACCAGCGCGAGGUCACCGUGUCCGGCCUGGAGCCCAGCAGGAAGUACAGGUUCCUGCUCUACGGACUUCAGGAUGAGAAGAGACGCAGCCCAGUCUCUGUGGAGGCAAAGACGGCUGCCCAAGGUGACGCCAGCCUCGGGGCCCCACCCCGCCUUGGGGAGAUGUGGGUGACAGAUCCCACCCUGGACUCUCUGCGCCUCUCCUGGACAGUCUCUGAGGGCCACUUUGACUCCUUUGUGGUCCAGUUCAAGGACAAGGAUGGGCCCCAGGUGGUGCCCGUGGAGGGCCACAAGCGCUCGGUCACCAUCACCCCUCUGGACACUGGCCGCAAGUACAGAUUCCUCCUUUAUGGGCUCCUGGGCAAGAAGCGCCAUGGCCCCCUCACUGCUGAAGGCACCACAGAGCCCUGGAGUGGUGUGGACGAUGCUAGAACAAAGCACCCCCCAAAGCCCCAUCUUGGGGGGGAGCUACAGGUGACCAGCGUGACACCAGACUCUGUGAGCCUCGCGUGGACGGUCCCUGAGGGCCAGUUUGACUCCUUCGUGGUCCAGUACAAAGACAGGGCCGGGCAGCCCCAGGUGGUCCCGGUGGAGGGCGGCCUCAGGAAGGUCAGCGUCUUGGGCCUGGACCCAGCCCACAGGUACAAGCUGCUGCUGUACGGGCUGCACCAGGGCAAGCGCGUGGGCCCGGUCUCCGCCGUCGCCUUGACUGCCCCCAGGGUACAUAUCAAAGCCGAGGCCCCAAGUCCUCCAGGGCCUGAGCCCCGCCUAGGGGAGAUGACUGUAGAGGAAGCCACACCAGACACCUUGCAUCUCUCCUGGACCAAGACUGAGGGCGAUUUUGACUCCUUCGAGGUCCACUACACAGACCGAGAUGGGCAACCCCAAGUAGUCAGGAUAGAUGGUGACCGGAAUGACAUCAUCCUCUCUGGCCUGGAAUCUGAGCACAGAUACCUAGUGAACCUGUACGGUUUCCAUGGCCAGCAGCGAGUGGGUCCUGUCCACAUCGAGGCGCUGACAGUCCCAAGGGAAGAGGAGGAUGGACCUUCAGAGCCUCCCACCAAGCCCCGCCUGGGGGAGCUGACCGUGACCGACGCCACUCCCGACUCCCUGCACCUCUCCUGGACUGUCCCCGAGGGCCAGUUUGACCACUUCCUGGUCCAGUACAAGAACGGGGACGGGCAGCCCAAGGCAGUGCGCGUACCGGGCUAUGAGGAUGCGGUCACCGUCUCAGGCCUGCAGCCAGACCACAAGUACAAGAUGAACCUGUACGGCUUCCACGGUGGCCAGCGCGUGGGCCCUGUCUCUGCCAUUGGGGUGACAGCUGCAGAGGAAGAGACCCCAACCCCCACCGAGGUGGAGGAGACGCCCAGCCCCACAGAACCCAGCACGGAGGCCCCGGAGCCCCCCGAGGAGCCCCUCCUGGGGGAGCUGACGGUCACAGGAUCCUCCCCAGACUCGCUGAGCCUCUCCUGGACCGUCCCCCAGGGCCACUUCGACUCCUUCACUGUCCAGUACAAGGACGGGGACGGGCGGCCCCAGGUGGUGCGUGUCGGGGGUGACGAGAGUGAGGUCACCAUCGGGGGCCUGGAGCCGGGGCGCAAGUACAAGAUGCACCUGUACGGCCUGCACAGGGGACAGCGCGAGGGCCCCGUGUCCACCGUGGGCAUGACCGCCCCCCAGGACCUUGUGGAGGAGACGCCCAGCCCCACAGAACCCAGCACAGAGGCCCCGGAGCCCCCCGAGGAGCCCGUCCUGGGGGAGCUGGCGGUCACAGGAUCCUCCCCAGACUCGCUGAGCCUCUCCUGGACCGUCCCCCAGGGCCACUUCGACUCCUUCACUGUCCAGUACAAGGACGGGGACGGGCGGCCCCAGGUGGUGCGUGUCAGAGGUGACGAGAGUGAGGUCACCAUCGGGGGCCUGGAGCCGGGGCGCAAGUACAAGAUGCACCUGUACGGCCUGCACAGGGGACAGCGCGACGGCCCCGUGUCCACCGUGGGCGUGACCGAAUAUGAAGCUAUGACCACCGAAGCCCCAUCCACCAUGGCCCCUGAGCCUCCCACCAAACCCCGCCUGGGGGAGCUGACCGUGACCGACACCACUCCCGACUCCCUGCACCUCUCCUGGACUGUCCCCGAGGGUCAGUUUGACCACUUCCUGGUCCAGUACAAGAACGGGGACGGGCAGCCCAAGGCAGUGCGCGUACCGGGCUAUGAGGAUGCGGUCACCGUCUCAGGCCUGCAGCCAGACCACAAGUACAAGAUGAACCUGUACGGCUUCCACGGUGGCCAGCGCGUGGGCCCUGUCUCUGCCAUUGGGGUGACAGCUGCAGAGGAAGAGACCCCAACCCCCACCGAGGUGGAGGAGACGCCCAGCCCCACAGAACCCAGCACGGAGGCCCCGGAGCCCCCGGAGGAGCCCGUCCUGGGGGAGCUGACGGUCACAGGAUCCUCCCCAGACUCGCUGAGCCUCUCCUGGACCGUCCCCCAGGGCCACUUCGACUCCUUCACUGUCCAGUACAAGGACGGGGACGGGCGGCCCCAGGUGGUGCAUGUCAGAGGUGACGAGAGUGAGGUCACCAUCGGGGGCCUGGAGCCGGGGCGCAAGUACAAGAUGCACCUGUACGGCCUGCACAGGGGACAGCGCGACGGCCCCGUGUCCACCGUGGGCAUGACCGACCCCGAAAGGGAGCCCCCUACCAACAUCCUUCCGAAGCCACACUUGGGAGAGCUGACCGUGAUGGAUGCCACCCCUGACUCCCUGCACCUCUCCUGGACUGUCCCUGAGGGCCAGUUUGACCACUUCCUGGUCCAGUACAAGAAUGGGGACGGGCAGCCCAAGGCGGUGAGAGUGCCAGGGAAUGAGAACCAGGUCACUGUCUCAGGCCUGGAGCCCAGCCACAAGUACAAGAUGAACCUGUACGGCUUCCAUGGUGGCCAGCGCGUGGGCCCGGUCUCUGCUGUCGGUUUAACUGCCCCAGGAAAGGACCAUGAAAUACCAGCCCCCACAGACCCACCCAUCACAACUCCCCAGCCUCCCACCAAGCCCCGCCUGGGGGAGCUGACCAUGACCGAUGCCACUCCCAACUCCCUGCACCUCUCCUGGACUGUCCCCGAGGGCCAGUUUGACCACUUCCUGGUCCAGUACAAGAACGGGGACGGGCAGCCCAAGGCAGUGCGCGUACCGGGCUAUGAGGAUGCGGUCACCGUCUCAGGCCUGCAGCCAGACCACAAGUACAAGAUGAACCUGUACGGCUUCCACGGUGGCCAGCGCGUGGGCCCUGUCUCUGCCAUUGGGGUGACAGCUGCAGAGGAAGAGACCCCAACCCCCACCGAGGUGGAGGAGACGCCCAGCCCCACAGAACCCAGCACGGAGGCCCCGGAGCCCCCCGAGGAGCCCCUCCUGGGGGAGCUGACGGUCACAGGAUCCUCCCCAGACUCGCUGAGUCUCUCCUGGACCGUCCCCCAGGGCCACUUCGACUCCUUCACUGUCCAGUACAAGGACGGGGACGGGCGGCCCCAGGUGGUGCGUGUCGGGGGUGACGAGAGUGAGGUCACCAUCGGGGGCCUGGAGCCGGGGCACAAGUACAAGAUGCACCUGUACGGCCUGCACAGGGGACAGCGCGAGGGCCCCGUGUCCACCGUGGGCAUGACCGCCCCCCAGGACCUUGUGGAGGAGACGCCCAGCCCCACAGAACCCAGCACAGAGGCCCCGGAGCCCCCCGAGGAGCCCGUCCUGGGGGAGCUGGCGGUCACAGGAUCCUCCCCAGACUCGCUGAGCCUCUCCUGGACCGUCCCCCAGGGCCACUUCGACUCCUUCACUGUCCAGUACAAGGACGGGGACGGGCGGCCCCAGGUGGUGCGUGUCAGAGGUGACGAGAGUGAGGUCACCAUCGGGGGCCUGGAGCCGGGGCGCAAGUACAAGAUGCACCUGUACGGCCUGCACAGGGGACAGCGCGACGGCCCCGUGUCCACCGUGGGCGUGACCGAAUAUGAAGCUAUGACCACCGAAGCCCCAUCCACCAUGGCCCCUGAGCCUCCCACCAAACCCCGCCUGGGGGAGCUGACCGUGACCGACACCACUCCCGACUCCCUGCACCUCUCCUGGACUGUCCCCGAGGGUCAGUUUGACCACUUCCUGGUCCAGUACAAGAACGGGGACGGGCAGCCCAAGGCAGUGCGCGUACCGGGCUAUGAGGAUGCGGUCACCGUCUCAGGCCUGCAGCCAGACCACAAGUACAAGAUGAACCUGUACGGCUUCCACGGUGGCCAGCGCGUGGGCCCUGUCUCUGCCAUUGGGGUGACAGCUGCAGAGGAAGAGACCCCAACCCCCACCGAGGUGGAGGAGACGCCCAGCCCCACAGAACCCAGCACGGAGGCCCCGGAGCCCCCCGAGGAGCCCCUCCUGGGGGAGCUGAUGGUCACAGGAUCCUCCCCAGACUCGCUGAGCCUCUCCUGGACCGUCCCCCAGGGCCACUUCGACUCCUUCACUGUCCAGUACAAGGACGGGGACGGGCGGCCCCAGGUGGUGCGUGUCAGAGGUGACAAGAGUGAGGUCACCAUCGGGGGCCUGGAGCCGGGGCGCAAGUACAAGAUGCACCUGUACGGCCUGCACAGGGGACAGCGCGACGGCCCCGUGUCCACCGUGGGCGUGACCGCCUCCCUGCCCGCAGAGCGCCCUGUGGCACCCCGCCUGGGGGAGCUGGCUGUGGCAGCCGUGGCCUCCGACACAGUGAGCCUGUCGUGGACGGUGGCCCAGGGCUCCUUCGACUCCUUCCUGGUCCAGUACAAGGAUGUGCAGGGCCAGCCCCAGGCGGUGCCUGUGGGUGGGCUCCUCCGUGAGAUCAGCAUUUCGGGCCUGGACCCGGCCCGCAAGUACAAGUUCCUACUCUUCGGCCUCCAGGAUGAGAAACGCCACGGCCCAGUGUCUGCAGAGGCCGAGACGCUCUCAGACACGAAACCUCCCCGCCUCGGGGAGCUGACAGUGACGGACCUGAGCCCGGACUCCGUGACCCUCUCGUGGGCAGUCCCCGAGGGUGAAUUCGACUCCUUCGUGGUCCAGUACAAGGACAGGGACGGGCAGCCCCGGGUGGUGCCUGUGGCCGCAGACCAGCGCGAGGUCACCGUGCCCGGCCUGGAGCCCAGCAGGAAGUACAGGUUCCUGCUCUACGGACUUCAGGAUGGGAAGAGACACAGCCCAGUCUCUGUGGAGGCAAAGACGGCCCCCCUGGAGCACCCACCCCUCCUUGGGGAGCUGACAGUGACAGAUGAGACCCCAGACUCCCUGCGCCUCUCAUGGACGGUGGCCCAGGGCCUCUUUGAUGCCUUUGUGGUCCAGUACAGGGACCCAGCUGGGCAGCCCCGGGCAGUGCCUGUGGCCAAAGACCAGCGGGAAGUCACCAUAGAGGGCCUGGAGCCUGGCAGGAAAUACAAGUUUCUGCUAUAUGGGAUCCACGGAGGACAGCGCCUGGGCCCCAUCUCCGUCCUGGGAGUGACAGCUUCUCCCCUGGGCUUCUCCCACACAGCCCCCUGGCGCCCAGCCACAGAGGCCCCCGAGCCCCCCGCAGGGCCCCAGCUAAGGACACUGGCAGUGAGCGACAUAACCCCAGACUCCCUGCGCCUCUCAUGGAGUGUGGCCCAGGGCCCCUUUGAGUCCUUCGUGGUCCAGUAUCAGGACACAGAAGGGCAGCCCCAGGCCUUGCUCGUGGGCAGCAAGCAGAACACGGUGCAAGUGUCGGGCCUGGAGCCCCGCACCGCCUACGAGUUCUUCCUCUACGGCCUCCACGAAGGGAAGCGCCUGGGGCCUGUCUCGGCCGAGGGCACCACAGCUACUGGGCCUGCUCCUGCCGGCCUCACCCCAGGGGAGCCAGGGCCCCGCCUGUCCCAGCUGUUGGUGACCGACGUGACCACCAGUUCGCUGCGGCUCAACUGGGAGGCCCCGUCGGAGGCCUUUGACUCCUUCCUGCUCCGCUUCGGGGUCCCAUCCCCAAGCACCCUGGAGCCGCACCUGCAUCCCCUGCAGCAGCGGGAGCUGACAGUGCCGGGGUCGCAGCGCUCCGCUGUGCUCCGCGACCUGCACCCGGGGACCCUGUACAGCCUGACGUUGUAUGGGCUGCGUGGGCCCCAUAAGGCCGACAGCAUCCAGGGCACGGCCCGCACCCUCAGCCCAGUUCUGGAAAGCCCCCGUGACCUUCAGUUCAGCGAAAUCGGGGAAACCUCGGCUCAGGUCAGCUGGAUGCCUCCAGCAUCCAGAGUGGACAGUUUCAAAGUUUCCUACCAGCUGGCAGAUGGAGGCGAGCCACAGAGUGUGCAGGUGGAUGGCCGCGCACAGGCCCAGAAACUCAAGGGGCUGAGCCCGGGCUCCCACUAUGAGGUGACCGUGGUCUCUGUCCGUGGCUUUGAGGAGAGCGAGCCUCUCACCGGCUUCCUCACCACAGUUCCUGACGGCCCCACUCAGCUUCGAGCGCUGAACUUGACGGAGGGAUCGGCUCUGCUGCACUGGAAACCCCCCCCGGCCCCUGUGGACAAGUAUAACGUCCGUGUCACAGCCUCAGGGGCCCCCUCACUGCAGGCCUCAGCCCCGGGCAGUGCGGUGGAGUACCCUCUGAGUGGCCUGGAGCUGCACACCAACUACACAGCGACCGUGCGUGGUCUUCGGGGCCCUAACGUCACCUCCCCAGCCAGCAUCACCUUCACCACAGGGUUGGAGGCCCCCCAGGACCUGGAGGCCAAGGAAGUGACCCCCCGCACAGCCCUGCUCAUUUGGACUGAGCCCCAAGUCCCUCCAACCAGCUACCUGCUCAGUUUCAACACCCCUGAUGAACAGACCCAGGAGAUCCUGCUCCCAGGAGGGGUCACCUCUCACCAGCUCCUGGGCCUCUUCCCCUCCACCCCCUACAGCGUGUGGCUCCGGGCUAUGUGGGGCGAGAGCCUCACACCGCCUGUGUCCACCUCCUUCACCACUGGUGGACUUCCGAUCCCCUUCCCUCGGGACUGUGGGGAGGAGAUGCAGAACGGAGCCCGCACCUCAAGGGCCACCACCAUCUUCCUCAAUGGCAACCGCGAGCGGCCCCUGGACGUGUUUUGUGACAUGGAGACCGAUGGGGGCGGCUGGCUGGUGUUCCAGCGCCGCAUGGACGGACAAACGGACUUCUGGAGGGACUGGGAGGACUACGCCCACGGCUUUGGCAACAUCUCCGGGGAGUUCUGGCUGGGCAACGAGGCCCUGCACAGCCUGACAGACACGGGCGACUACUCCAUGCGCGUGGACCUGCGGGCCGGGGACGAGGCCGUGUUCGCGCAGUACGACUCCUUCCGGGUCGACUCGGCGGCCCAGUACUACCGCCUUCAUUUGGACGGCUACCACGGCACGGCAGGCGACUCCAUGAGCUACCACAGUGGCAGUGUCUUUUCUGCCCGGGAUCGAGACCCCAACAACCUGCUCAUCUCCUGCGCUGUGUCGUACCACGGGGCCUGGUGGUACAAGAACUGCCACUACGCCAACCUCAACGGGCUCUACGGGAGCACAGUGGACCACCAGGGGGUGAGCUGGUACUACUGGAAGGGCUUCGAGUUCUCUGUGCCCUUCACGGAAAUGAAGCUGAGGCCAAGAAGCUACCGGCCCCCAGCGGCCCAGGGAGGCUGACCACCGCUCGCCUCUCGGGCGCCCCAGAAUGACUGCCGAGCACUGAGGGGUCGCGCUCAGAGAAGAGCCCGGGGCCACCGUGACCGUCCAGCCACCGGAGGGAGCCUUCUCCAUCUGCGAUCUCACAGCACCAUGUUUACAGGGGGGGAGGGCAGGGGUUUGUACGGGGAGUAAUAAAAGGGGAAACUGA